GCUAUAGUUGUAACUGAAGAUCGUCAUUUGCUUUCGGUGCUGACUCUGUCUGGUUUAUCUGACUUAUACGAGCAUCAGUUUUGGCAAGCCGUGGGGGUGUUGCUGUCGUACACCUUGAUUUGGAACCUAUUUUAAAUGAAUACUAACAAUAUGACAGCAACGGCAGGCUAUCAAAGCGAAGAGCUUUUUCGUAAUAUGAAUAAUCUGCUCGGCAAUACGUUAGACCUGCGCGGCAUCAAUGAAGGAGCCUCCACUUCAGCAGAACCAACCAGAGAUAGCUCGUAUGCGGCUUGGUCAGCACAGGCUGGUUCACCCAACAAGCAAACGACAGGGUCUGGCAACGCAAACAGUCAAGGAAACAAUGGCAGAGAAGUUUCGGAUUUCAUCAACAAGAUCAGUGGAAUGAAAAAGGACUUGACCUCUUCAAAUAGCAAUAAUAAUAACACCAACAGUAACACAGAAAAUUUGGUUAAUAUUAUCAACCAUCAGCGAGAAAUGGCGGCAAAACAGAUGGCAAAAAACACGGACGUACAGCAAAGACUGAAGGAACUGCAGCAUCCAGGGAUAAGUAUGCGUCGCACAGUGCCGGACGUUCAUCAAGUCCCUGCCUUUGACUAUCCGAUUAUUCCUGAGGGCUACGCAAACAAGUUGGAUAUUGACACUAGCAUUCGACAAAUUAUGAAUCGUUCUGCUCGCCGAGCUGACGGACUCCGCGCAAGAACACCAGAUCCUGGCGAUUUUGCUUCGCUCAUUGGACCGCCUCUUCUGUCUCCACAGGAACUCCAACAAACCCUGUCAUUGAGCAUGGAAGGUGCACCGCUCCAUCUUAGUACAUUGAACAGCGAUGGGCUAAGCACACAUUCAUCUCAUGACGCAAGUGGCUCCAGUAUGAAUUCCAGCAUUUUGAGUUCUGGAUCUGAUCCGAUGUCCAUAUCAGAAUUAGUGAGUGGAAUUCAAGGUCUCCAUAUGGGACCAAGUCGCAAUUCAAUAUCUGGUCGAUCCACUCCAAUUGUGCCCAGUCCUACAGACUGGUGCGAUGCGUCCACCCCGCGACAAUAUUACAACCCCGAUGGCGACAUUGGCAUGAUUAACCCGUUCUCCUCAGAGCAACUGUUGGAUGUUGCUUCAUUAUAUGGAGUCUCUGACAAAAUGGAAUAUGACGCAAGACUUCAUCGUUCCGCUGCUGCGUCGUGUGAGGCGACCUUUACUUGGAGCGGGCAUCUUCCUAUUCGCCAUUACGUUGCGCCCACUUAUUCACCAAAGGUGUUUCUUGGUGGAGUACCGUGGGACAUCACCGAAGCGUCAUUCCAUCUGACUUUCAAACCAUACGGACUAGUUCGGGUUGAAUGGCCAGGAAAAGACACCAAAGGACCUCGCUAUCCUCUACGAGCUGGAUACGUUUAUCUGCUAUUUGAAAGUGACAAGUCCAUAAAAAGUCUCCUGCAUAACUGUACUCGAGAUGUCACAACCAACGAAUGGUUCUUUAGGCUGUCGAGUAGACGCAUGCGCAGCAAAGAAGUGCAGAUAAUACCAUGGGUGAUCACGGAUAGCAAUUAUAUGCGGGUUUCAUCUGCUCGGUUGGAUGCCAACAAGACCAUCUUCGUUGGAGCUCUUCAUGGAAUGCUGACGUCAGAAGGUCUUGCACACGUAAUGAACGAUCUGUUUGGUAAUGUUGUGUAUGCUGGAAUAGACACUGACAAAUACAAGUACCCAAUAGGGUCUGGCCGGGUUACCUUCAAUACCCACAGCAGUUACAUGAAAGCAGUGAAAGCUGCAUUCGUUGAAAUCAAGACUCCGAAAUUCUCCAAGAAGGUUCAAAUCGAUCCAUAUCUCGAGGACAACGCUAUGUGCAAUCUGUGCCAAGCUCAAUCUGGCCCAUAUUUUUGCAGAGAUCUUCCGGAUUGCUUCAAGUACUACUGUCGUCAGUGCUGGGAAUGGCAGCAUUCAAUUGGCGAUCUCCGUAAUCAUCGUCCACUGAUGAGAAACCAGCGUAGACGAUAUUGAGAAAAUGUAUUUGCAUCACACAUUUAGGUUUGAUUUGGUGCUGGGAUCGGUGAAACAAACUUUUUAUUUUCGAAUUUAUUUUUUCACAAACACGUUCAAUGAAAUAGUGAGUUUUUUCGCCAUUCAUCAUAUAUACAUACACACGUACAUAUUUUGCUCCGAAGUCUAUUGUAAAGCCUUCGCCGCCGCUUUGUGCCAAACUCCACCUAUUUAUCAAUUUCUUAAUUAAUUUCUUAACCCGGGCUUUGUGCCAUGUUAUCGUUUGGGGGAGGGUGCUGUUGUUUAAUUGGUGUUAUGGGGUUUAUUUGCGUUUUAGUAUGCCUAUUGCGUGCAGUUUUACAUACAUCAUAUUGUCAUGCUUUCGUGACAUGAAUUUAUUAUAUUAUUAAUGUUAAAUGAAUUUCAGAAAAUUUGGUACCGAAAAACAGUAGCAUUGGGUAUAUCGUCCAGAACUGCCUACAAUUAUCUGAAAGAGCUAUAAUAUUUAGGAAGGACAUACAGUUCUCGAUGUUGUUUCUAAUGCUAUUGCAAGUUUGAAAAUACUUGUGGUGGUUAAGAGUUUUAGUGCGAUCAAUUUUACUAAUAUGUUGUUCAUGAGGUUAUGUAUUUUAUCCAAUUUUGUAGUAUCAGACGUGUCAAAUUCUUAUGAUUAAAUAUAUUAACCGUUGAAAGGGAUUGUUUUAUGCAAUAGGUGGAUACUGCAGUAGCGAGUAAUAAAUUGCCACCUUUGCAACAUUUAUGAACAUUUUAACGUUGAUUUUUUUGAACUUCUGUUUCAGUUACUUUCAUUUCGAUAAACUUUGUUCCAACCUUACUUGUUUAAUUCAGAUUUUAAGUCGUCUAGUCAAAAUAUCAUCUACAAUGAAAUGAACCCAUUUUAGCAUAGACACUUUACAUUUUAAUUAAUCCUAAUAUUUCAACUUUUACUGGUUAUUUUAGUGUCAAAUAAAUGAGUUUUAGGCAUUCCUCCCCCUCUCGAAUGUUGGAGUUUUUUGUUUGCGUCAAUUUUUAUGUUCUUGAUUAUUUUUUUCACAAACCCACCCGCCAGCAUUGCGGGUGCUUGAUAAGUUUCCUCCCAGCAAAUUUAUACAACCUUAUUGUUCAUUUGUGACCAGCUAAAUUUUUGUGCAUUUGGUGUAACACAAUAUGCGUUAUGUUCCGCUUAUGAGAAUGCCAAUUGAAUAAAUGCCAAACACCACAGCUGA